GACACGUGGAACGCGGCACGUGCAGCACGGCUCGAGUGGGGCUCGCACGGGCGAUGACCCUCCAGGAGAUCACGGCGGCCUGUUAAAGCAACAGACCCGCGCUUCCGUGCGCCAGUGAGACGGAACGCCGCGACAGAUAACCGGUGCCCUUCCGCGGUCUCCAGUUAAGAUGGAUCGAUUUAUAUCUACCUGGCUUUUAGGGCUUCUGGUCAUAUUUCCUGGCUUCACUCCAGUCGUGUGCAGCGGAGACGAGGUGCGGCCCCGGCGUCAGGUGGACGAGGGACCGUACCCGACGUAUACGGCCGUGCCCAAAACGUCGUUCUCGUGCGACGUGCACGGACCGGGCUACUACGCCGACAUGGAGACCCGGUGUCAGGUUUUCCACAUUUGCCACGCCAACAUCAUGGAUUCAUUCAUAUGUCCGGAAGGCACUGUUUUCAACCAGAAGGUGUUCGUCUGCGACUGGUGGUUCAACGUCAACUGCGACUCGUCCCCGGACUUCUACUCCCUCAACAACAGGAUCGGCUCAGCGAGUCCGUUCCGCUCGAGCCCGGUGCAGGCACGGGUCGGCUCUGGUCGCACGGCCGGUCAGGUCAGGUCAGACCAGACCGCCGGUCAGGCCAGGUCAGAGCAGACGGCUGGCCAGGUCAGCGGAGCCGGCGACCAACGGCGCCCCCUGGCGGAGCGGCAAGGGCUCGGCGGCGGCGGCGUCGGCGGCCGUCAGCUGGGCAGCCCCUCGCAGGCCAGCGUGACCACCACCAAACUUAACGAAUCCGGGCAGCGCGGACGGGGCAAGAAGGCGGGAGGUGAAGGCCCAGCGGGUAAGACCGACGCCAUCCGCACGCUGCUGCCAAACCUGCUGACUCUGGAGGUGCCCAUCUUCGUGGCGUCCGAGGUCGCGGAGGGGCAGAGGCCGUCUGCGGCGCCUCCACGCGUCACGAACAGUGUGGGAAGCGCUCAAAGGCCGCCUCAAGUCUCCACCACGCAGAGACCGGUGACGUUGGGCGGAGACGACGGCGGACAGCGGGGACGACCGUCGGCGACGACUGCCGUGCCGCCCCAGGACGCAGCCGCCCCGUUCGGCCGGCGGAUCGGCUCCCUCCCUCGGGAGCAGUCGGGGGCUGAAGCAUCGUCUGGACGGGACCGGGCCGGUUACCUCCCAGUAGAGUCCGAGGAGAGCUCCGCGCCGCCCGCGCGGGGCAGCUACCUGCCCACAGAUUCCGGCGUUGGUUCCGCGGCGUCGACUGAGCGGGACGGCUAUCUGCCGCGGGGGUCCGACGCGGCUCCCCCGACCCGCGGACGGGGCAGCUACCUGCCGACAGGCGCGGGACUCACUGGACCCUCGGGAGACGGGUCGGGACUGGCCCCACCCGCUGCGCGCAGCUACCUGCCCGAGGGCGAGCCGGGAGCGUCAGAGUCCGGCCCGUCCGCCGCAAGCCGGCAGUCAGCAGCGCCAUCAGGCGGCAGCUACCUGGACGAGCGGCCGCCGAGCGCCGAUGCCACGGACAGCUCGUUCCUGCUGCCGCCGCCGCUGCCAUUCGGCCUGCCCAACAGCCUCGAGGGCCCUGCGACGGCGUUCCAGAGAGUGGACGAGUACAGCCCGGCGGCGGUCACCACCCGCCGCCCGCUGCUGCCGCCCAUGAACCUGCUGCCGCUGACGAACGAGCGGCGCCCGCCACCCAGCGCCGGCCGCCUGCCGUCCACCACCGAGAGCUACGGCGUGCUGGACGAGGGCGACGCCGGCUUCCCGGACCAGGUGCUGGACGCGAGACCGGUCCAACCGACGGUCUUGCGGCCUCUCGCGGGUCGGCAGGGCUCCAUCAACGCCCUGGAUCGCCGACUGAAGCCGACGGACAGGGCGGGCGCGCGGGGACGCGGGACGAACGCGGCGGAAGUAGCGGCGACAACCCCCGCCGCACAGCUCCCGUUCCGCUACGACUUCGACCGGGUCAGGAGCCAGAUCCAGCAGAAGCUACGGGGCAUCGAACCAUUCGAGGUGGCUGCCGCCGACCGCGCGCAGCCAGCGGCAGUGGCGUCGCGUACCGCACGGCCCGUUGGACCGGCCGUCGGCCCCUCCGCGGGGCUCUACUCCCUGGCGAGCCUGCCCAUGUAAACGCCGCGCUCGGCGUCGACGGCCGUCGCCCGAUACAGUUCAGCGCGCACCACUGGGUUGUGGCUUUGCUGACAGCGCAGACGACACGACAGACACGCGCCUGCGCCCAGCAAGGGUUGGCACGGCGUCGGCCCCGGGGCUGCCCUGAGGCAAUCAUCCGAUCGCCUUCAAACCAGACUGCCGCGAGGCGGUGGCUGGCGGACUCCGCCAUGUUGAAGCCCACGUGGCAGCGCCGGCCACCCCAGGGAGCCAGGCGCCGGAGCCGGCCGCCCCAG